CUUCCUGCAAGGAAACGGGAACAAAAUGACAGUAAAAUUGCUUGAAAAAUUGCCCGUUGCAGAUUGCUCCAAAUUCCUGCACAGGGUAGUGGAUGGGUUGUGUGGAAGAAACCAGCCACAGAUGGAAGACUAUGGCAGCAGGUGGACUGUGACUGAGUGGAUGGAGCUGCUGGACACCCUCUCUGUCCUGUUCUGCUCUGCUGUUGGGAGGAGGUGUUCAGAAGAAGAGGUGAAGGAGUCAUUGGCAGACCUUGACAGCAGCUAUUCCAGCGCCAUCCUGUCAUGCCUGAAAGCCCGACAUGAGGAUAUACGACUGGCUCUGGUGAACAGAACAAAUUGUGUGUGUUCUGCUCAGCUGCAGGACUUCGACUGGCAGCUUAAGUUGGCUCUGUCCAGCGACAAAAUCUCUUCACUCCAGAUGCCACUUUUGAACUUGAGCCUUGAUGUGAAGGAAGGCGGUGUAGUGAGGCCAGUGUCCUUGGAGAUGAACCGAGAGGAGCUGCACACCCUGAUAAGCACACUGGAGGCUGCCAACAAGGUUGUUCUCCAGCUUAAAUGAAAAUGAAAAACCUGUAUCUGCUUCUAGAAGAAUGGUCCACAAAUGUGCUGAAAACUGAUUCCACAACCAUCAUCAUCAGAGGGUGCACUCGAAUAGGCAAGGGGAUAUGUGUUGUCUUCAGAGAGCACCCUAGACAAUGUCAGGAGCAACAUCUGCCACACACAUUCUGCUGUUGAAUGUGCAAAGAGGUGCAAGAUUAUUCUCUUUUUGAAUUUCUUAUUCAUAAUAAAUUGUACAUUAAUGUUUGCUUUACAUUAAAUAUUGUGGUAAACAACUGUAUCUAAUAAUUUUAUGUGUUAUGAGAAAUAAACUACACUACAAAAUGCCUACAGUGUACAUGAUCCAAGUUUACACAUGGUGGGAAAAAAACUGCCCUAAAACACAGGCUAAAUGUGUGGUAGAAGACUAGCGCAGAAAAUAUAAAAGCUCAUUCCAAUGCUCCAGUAAAGGUCAAUUCACUGAAAGAAAAAACUUGUAAUUUCCCAUGUGUCACAUAGCUGAAUAUCUCUGAUUAUUUGCGUUGCGAGUUUAAGCAAUGUUAAGGGUAAAAUAUGUUGAAAGUUAAUUUGAUAUGUUCAUCCCUGGUUCAGGGGAAUGACAGUAUGUGCAGGUGCAGCUUGAUUUCAACGAGAGAGAGAUGAAUUAGUUAUAUAAACUAUUAUGCAGCUCAUAAUCUCCACAGCAGUGUUGUCCUGUAAGAUCAGUUAUAACUGAUUCAGACAUCUAAUACAUCCAACUAGUCUUUUGUGUUUUUGACAUAAUUUGAUAAAAAUCACAGAUGUAAGAAAGCAGUGGAGAACAACAAGGGGUGCAAACCCUGCCUGUGCACCUGCUUGAACCAAUAAUGUUGUAUUACCGUUAAUGAUAGGUAACCCUUUCUCCCUGGAUGUUCAUAGCAUAGAACAUAGUAACUGCUUGCAUAUUUGCAUUUAUUCAUUUGGCAGACACUUUUCUCCAAAGCAACUUGCAAUAAACUCUAUGUAGUGUUGUCAGCCCACACACCUUAAUCACCAAGCUCCCUUACACUGUACUGUUCUGUACACUACUUGCAAUGGGUCACUCAUCCAUACAUCAGUGUAACACACUGUCACU